GGAUGCCAUUUUCUAUGCAUGUUUACUGCCCACAAAACUGGGUCAGCGCUCCUCACAGCAAGGGUCGGACCAGUUCCCUUGGUAACCGUGACAUCUGAUACUAGGGAUGGUCAAGCUGCCUGCAGAUGUUACAUUCUUAUCAGGAACCUUGUCCGAGCUGUUCAACUGGUUGUACACAGUACACGUGCUAAACGACUUACACAGAAGAUAUUUGGAUUAAUCACGAAGAAGAAAGAGAGCAUUUCUUUGAUCAAAAGACAAUCUACAGUAAGGAAGAACCGCCUUUGUGCGACAGCAACAGAUUCGGAAAUUGCAGCAAUUGCAAAAGAUUGGUUCAGAUUUGCUUGUGAUCGCGAUGGUGGCAGGAAAAGGAGACAGGAACAAAAAAGGGCACAACAGGCAGCUACUGCAACUAUCAAUGCUGUGCUUAGUGACAAUUCCGAACAGGACUGAUCUGGGGCAGAUAACUAAAAUUAACAUCUGAUAAUCAUUUAUCAGUUUUGACUCUUUAUAAUGAUACAUAACAUACUGUAUUUAAAACUGUUGAUUGUAAAAGAGAAUAAUGUACAUUUAAUCACUGUAUUGUCAUCAUAUACAAAUAAAUUGUAAAGCACUUGCCAAUAUGACAACUGAUUAAUUUUUAUGUUGCCAGCAUUACACAUAAGCAUCACUUUAUCUACUGUUUGUUACGUUGGGCCAAUGUUGGGCCUAUGAAGGUGAAACCAAUAGUUGGAAAUACACACUUGAAACCAACGAUGGGCCAACGUUGGCUAUCUGACAUACAAUGUUGGUCCAACGAUGGGCCAACAUUGGCUAUCUGACAUACAAUGUUGGUCCAACGAUGGGCCGAUGAGCAAAAUUACAUCGGGCCAACGUAGUUUGCCAACAUUGGCCCUACGUAGUCAACAUCUGUGGGCCAACGUUGGCCCAACGUAGUCAUGCUA